AUGACGUCGGAUGUCGUCCUCAGCACGUUGUCGCACUGGGCGACCCAGCAGUGCGACUUUGCGUGGUGCGUCUUGGUCAUGCUGGUGAACGCAGCGAUCCAUCCUGUCCAGGCAUACUGCCUCCAACACGUAUUGGAUCAUGCGUUUCCGUCCACGGCGAAUCGGUCGUCAGCCGACCGCCAAAUAGCAUUGCAUCGUGGCAUGGCCGGCCUCAUUGCCCUCUGUGUGCCGUUUGGGCUGAGCACGGUUGGCAUUGGCAUGCUGCAGUCUCGAAUGGUAGCCCGCGCCACCGCACGACUCCACUCGCGCUUGCUUCGCGUGGUCCUUGCCCAACCUGCCACGUACUUCGUCCACGACGCCAAGGUUGGAGACGUCACCAACGUGUUCGCCAGCGACGUGGCGCGUGUCAAUGCAUUAUGGCAAGGCGUGUUUUGGAACCUGCUGCACCCAGCAAUCGUGGCGGCGGCCGGGUUUGGCUACCUCCUCACGUGCGAUUUCCACACGGGGUGGCUCGCGCUGUGGGUUGCAAUCGUCGUCGUAUCAAGUGGUCCCCAAGGCCGAGCCGCCGCCAACUCGACUGCGUUUGGCGCGGCCAACGCUGACCUCACGGCGUCGUUUCAAGACACCCUCCACGGCCACGCAACGGUGGUCGUGUAUGGAAUGCAGCCGUCGAUCCAGGCCAAGUUUGACGCGAACGCCCAAGCGCUGUCGUCCAUCCAAUUCGCCAAGGACCUGUGGGCAACCCUCGUGCAAAUUUACGUCGAAGGGGCCAUGUACAUGUUUGUCGCUGUCGUGACGGCUGGGCUGGCCACAAGGGUUGUUUCGACGCACACGAUGACUCCUGGAGAAUUUGUGAGCUUCGUGGCGCUCUUGGGGCGCAUUUCGUCGCCCAUCACGGUGCUCGGGGGGUUUAUGCGCGUCGCGAUCGGCAACUCGAGCAGUUUGCAGCGCGUCGAUGCCCUACUCGCCCUCUCCAUCGACGCCCCGCCAGAGGACGCUCGUUCCAGCCCAUCGUCUCUGCCGUCGAACUCAUCUUCGACGACGACGCCAUCGUUGCAAGUGGCGUUGACCGUGUUCCAGGUGACCGUCCUGGUCAGUCCUGCAGUGACUGUCGUAUCGGACGUGUCGUUUACGUGUCGGCGAGGGUCCGUCACAUGCAUCGUAGGACCAAGUGGCAGCGGCAAGACGUCUGUGCUGCGCUGCCUCAUGCAAGCGGGGCCACCCCCCGCGUCGGGAUCGAUUUGGUGGGACGACGCGCUCUUGUCGUUGGCCCAUCAGAUUCAUGUCGGCGUGGUGUUCCAGCACCCGCGCUUCCUUCAAGGCACGAUUCGGGAGAAUCUGUGCUACGGCCAUCCCACCGCAUCCGACGCAGACUGCCACGACGCCAUUGUGAUGGCGCACUGCCUUGCAUUUGUCCACAAUCUGCCCAUGGGAAUCGACACAGACAUGGCGAGUGUGCAGUGGAGCGGAGGGCAACUUCAGCGACUGAGUUUGGCCCGCGCGUUGGUGCGGCGGCCUAGUGUACUGCUUUUGGACGAAGCGACGAGUGCGCUAGAUCAAGAGGCUGAAGCCGCAGUGAUGGCCACCCUCACGUGGCUUGCCAAAACCAACGGGACAGUCAUCGUCGCCGUGACACAUCGUCUGACAACCACGAAGAUGGCCGACCACAUUGUAGUUCUCCAUGCGGGACGCGUGGUGGAAUGUGGUCGACAUUCCGACUUGAUGGAGCGCCGUGGCGUCUUUUACGACUUGGCUCGUGCAAAUGGUGCAAUGGAUCAGUCGGACUACUACAUGUGCGACGAUGCAAGCGUGACGAGUGAAGAAGGCGAUCAUCAUGAUCGUGGGGAUGACUGCCAAGGUAGCAAUCACGGCGACGUGUACAUGGUGUUGUAA